CAGAGUCCGUUCUACCUACCACGCUGCUGCCAGAGGGGCUGCUUUCUGUAAGGAGACAGAACAGAUCUGCCGUGCCUCGCAGCAUUCGGGCUGCGUAGGAGACACGCCUAAGGGGCAUUGAAAUGUUUAAACACCAUAUUAGAAGCUUAAGAAGACAAAGGUAGAAAAUGGUUGGAAAUUAAGAUACCGCAUUCAGGACGCCAAACAACGCUGCAAAGCACAGGGGAAUCCGUCUCUCUCUGUACAGACAGACACAAGUGCGAAUGAGACACGUCUGCCUGCCCGCUGGGACACAGCUGUUCACAGCAGCACACGCAGGGAAGUCAGAUCUACCCUAGGACAGUGCUUAGGUGUCAAACACAGCUUGAAAGGAAGUUAUGUAAAACGAAAUAUGGGCACCAAAGAGACCUCCAGGAGGCACCGAACAGGCAGAAUGGGGAAGCAGAACAGCAAACUGGCCCCUGAGGUCAUGGAGGACCUGGUGAAGAGCACGGAGUUCAACGAGCACGAGCUCAAGCAGUGGUACAAGGGGUUCCUCAAGGACUGCCCGAGCGGGAGGCUGAACCUCGAGGAGUUCCAGCAGCUCUACGUGAAGUUCUUCCCCUACGGAGAUGCCUCCAAGUUCGCGCAGCACGCCUUCCGCACCUUCGACAAGAAUGGCGACGGCACCAUCGACUUCCGAGAGUUCAUCUGCGCCCUGUCCAUCACCUCCAGAGGCAGCUUCGAGCAGAAGCUCAACUGGGCCUUCAACAUGUAUGACCUGGACGGUGACGGCAAGAUCACCCGUGUGGAGAUGCUGGAGAUCAUCGAGGCUAUCUACAAAAUGGUGGGCACUGUGAUCAUGAUGAAAAUGAAUGAGGAUGGCCUCACGCCUGAGCAGCGAGUGGACAAGAUUUUCAGCAAGAUGGAUAAGAACAAAGAUGACCAGAUUACACUGGACGAGUUCAAAGAAGCUGCAAAGAGCGACCCUUCCAUCGUAUUACUCCUGCAGUGCGACAUUCAGAAAUGAGCGGACGCCAACACUACAGACUGCGCAAGUCUCAACGUUCCAUUUAGUCUGCAGCUACACACACACACACACACACACACACACACACACACACACAUUGCUUGGACUACCUAUAAAUGGACUUGCUUCUCGUGUUUGAAACAGUGUGCAUGAGAAUGUCAUUUGCUGAUGAAUUUUAAAAGCAUAUAUUAUACAACAAAAUCUGCCACAAUGUGAUAUGUUGUAUCAUUUCAUAAAAAAUAACCCUCCAAAGCCUGGCAGAAAUGUGCUACAAAGUUACAUGAUUUCUGUACCUGCGUGCUAAUGCUGCAUCUCCUGACAACGUGUUAGUGGCACUGAGCCCCCAGUCAUGUAACCUAACCCUGAAACAUGUCACUCUCUGUACAGUAGUACUGGACAGGCCACGCCUUGGCCACACAAGAGCUUGUGUCAUCAGUAAGCAUAAAUGUGCUACGUUUGCAUGCCUUUUGGGUUGGCCUUAAUUCUUACCUCAUGUGCAUCUUAUCCAUCUUAUCCAUCUGGAAAAAGCUGUUUUGAUGAAUGCAGUAUAAAACUUAAAAAUCCUGCUAAAUGAUUAAUUCAUUAAGUAUAUCUGCCUACUUAUACAUAUUCAGAGAUAUUAUUUAUUAAAAGUAAAACAAGAUGGAAAUGUAGCAUUUCCUGCUUGAGUUUUCAAAGGCUUCCAAAAAGGUGGCAACUAUCUCAAAUAAAUUUAUAACAUUUGAUUUUCCUCCCUAAUCUUUAUUUUAUAAUUUUAAAUUUGAAACACAGUCAAAACCGUCAUCAAGUGGUAACUCUCUAAAUCUGCCCUUACACACCUUCAGAAUUUAAAAACUUGGUAACAAAAAGAAAAGCAACUUCCCAUUUCCCUCCAGCACCUGGCAAAGGCCCAACAUGGCACGUGAUGCUUACACGAAGGCUUGUUCAUUCCAAAAAGCUGACAAUAAACAAUCUCAGUGUGA